ACAGGCAAAAGAAAUUUUAACAAAAGAAUCAAAUGUGCAAGAGGUUCGUUGUCCUGUUACCGUCUGUGGAGAUGUACACGGCCAAUUCCAUGACCUUAUGGAACUCUUUAGAAUUGGUGGAAAAUCACCAGAUACAAACUAUCUGUUCAUGGGUGACUAUGUAGACAGAGGUUAUUAUUCCGUGGAGACUGUGACUCUUCUUGUAGCAUUAAAGGUGCGUUAUCCAGAACGCAUUACCAUAUUGAGAGGAAAUCAUGAAAGCCGACAAAUUACCCAAGUAUAUGGCUUUUAUGAUGAAUGUCUACGAAAAUAUGGAAAUGCCAAUGUUUGGAAAUAUUUUACAGAUCUUUUUGAUUAUCUUCCACUUACAGCUUUGGUGGAUGGACAGAUAUUCUGCCUCCAUGGUGGCCUCUCUCCAUCCAUAGAUACACUGGAUCAUAUAAGAGCCCUGGAUCGUUUACAAGAAGUUCCGCAUGAGGGCCCAAUGUGUGAUCUCUUAUGGUCAGAUCCAGACGAUCGUGGUGGAUGGGGUAUUUCACCUCGUGGUGCUGGCUACACAUUUGGACAAGAUAUUUCUGAAACAUUUAACCAUGCCAACGGUCUCACACUGGUUUCUCGUGCCCACCAGCUUGUAAUGGAGGGAUACAACUGGUGUCAUGAUCGGAAUGUGGUUACCAUAUUCAGCGCACCCAAUUAUUGUUAUCGUUGCGGAAACCAGGCUGCUAUCAUGGAAUUGGAUGACACCUUAAAAUAUUCUUUUCUUCAAUUUGACCCAGCACCUCGUCGUGGAGAGCCUCAUGUUACUCGGCGCACCCCAGACUACUUCCUGUAAAGUCUUCCUGGGAAAAACUGCCUUUGUAUGUGAAAGUAUACCUGGCUUUUUAAUACACACACACACUCACACAUAGACACGCACACACACACACAUUUAAAAAUUUAAAAAGGCAACAAUAAUCUGUUUCUGUAACAAAUUGUGAUCUGUCUUGGCAUUAAACCACAUCAUGGACCAAAAUGUGCCAUACUAAUGAUGAGCAUUUAGCACAAUUUGACACUGAAAUUUAGUACACUAUGUUCUAGAUCGGUCAAUCCAACAGUUUGCCUGCUGUUAUUUGUAGUAACUAUUUUCCUCUGGACUGUUCCAGCAAAAAAAAGGUAACUAACUGCUCUAUCUCCUUUUGUGCUUAUUUGGAAAUUUAGUUGGAGUGUUUAGCAUGGAUAAAUACAGUUGGAGUUUUAUUUUUAAGAAAAGUUCACAAGCUGACUUCCACUUAAUCCAUUACCCUUUAUUUUAUUGAAAUGUAUAAUUAACUGAAGAAAAGAUUCUUCGUGGGAGUAUGUUGUCAUAACAUUAAAGAGAUUGCCCUUCAUUUACAUUACUGUUUUAUGUUGAUUUCCAUAUUUCUGUAUAUUUGUCAUGACAUGCUUGCAUCCUAUUUAGUGUACUGAGCAAAUAAAUUUUUCAUUUUAAACAAAAA